UCGCGUCUGCAGGCUUGUAGUACAACUGCACACCAGGGCCUGGAGGGAUCCCAUGGCCUGGAGGGAUCCCGCUAUCUCCCCGCCGCCACAGGUCGGGGACUGCUCCAGCAUUGUGUAAGAGAGGCACGGCAGGUGGUGACAGUGGUGUGAGAUGUAUCCACAGCGAUGCCUCCCUCCGAGUCUCCAGACUCGAACCUUGCAUCGGAAUGGCUUGGCCGAUUCCGUGUGGGAGGACAGGAGACUACGCUGACAAGGGGAUAAAACACGUGUCCGCGCAGAUGGGUUCACACGUUCAGGUUCUGUUUGGCGUAGCCCGGCGGGUUUAGAAGUUUCACAGACCUCGUGUCGCGUGGCGGUAGGACGUGCGGACUAGUGGGACAGGCAGUGAGUGUGGGUCAAGCAGUGAGACAGGUUGGAGGUUUUCGAGACGGGCUAGACAAAGUGACGGGCUGGAGACAGAUUGCGAGUCGCUGUUCCUCCGCCAGGUCGCGCGCUGCGCUCUCUCUCUCGCGGGGGGUCCACGCACUCCCACGCACCACCCCGCUCGCGCUCUCUCGCUACCCCCACGCCGCGCACCGCCAUGGACGACGGGUGACGUCGCGCCGACAAAAUGGCUUCGAGAGAGGGGAUAGGAUCUCAGAUUGUGGGCGCGGGACGCCGAGAAGGCGGAGGAGGAGGAGGAGCGGGUGGAGGAGGAGAGCGAGAAGGAGGAGGGCGGCGAGCGCGCGGCGCGGCCGCGAGGACUCCCGGCGUGCCCGCCACCGUCUCCAUCCCCGCGUCCCCGUGACAGCCGGGCGAGCCGAGAGAGCGCGUGGAGUGCGAGCGGAGAGCGAGCGUGGCAGCACAGGGAGGAGGCACUCCGUCGAGGGAAUGCGCUCCUGCGUCGUCAGGGCGUAGCGGACUCGACGGCUCCGAGGGGCGGUCGCCGCCGCUGCGUCUGCCGCUGCUGUAGGAGUAGGAGGAGGUGUUUAGCGGGGAGGAGGAGGAGGCUGGUGAGGUGUCGGAGGCGCUGGAAGGUGCGGACUGUCGCUGGAAUCCCCGCCGCUGUAGCGGCCCCGCAAUGGCCGUACAGAGGCGGCGGGCGUGGAUGAGCGCGGCGCUCGGUCUGGUCUUGGGCUUCACGGCCGCCACAUGGCUGGUGGUGCCGCGCUCCGUCUCCGGCAACGGCAGGAGACGUCUCGGGAGCGGCUGCCAGGCGCAUCUGGCCGUCGGAGACGCGGCCGGCUCGGCGUGGCGUCACGGGAGCGCGGGAGGAGACGAAGGAAGAGGCGGCGGUGGCCGCGGUUGGGGAGGGCGGCUGGACCCCCUGGGUGCCCCGGUGCGCGCCGUGGCGACCCCGCAAAACUUCCUGUACGUGGGGGUGAUGACGGCGCACAAGUACCUGGAGACGCGCGGUCGCGCCGCGUUCAGCACGUGGGUGCGCUCCGUGCCGGGCACCGUGGAGUUCUUCUCGAGCUGGGGCUCGCGCACCGAGCUGCCGCUGCCGCUGGUCACGCUGCCCGGCGUGGACGACGCGUACCCGCCGCAAAAGAAGUCCUUCCUCAUGCUCAAGUACAUGCACGACCACCACCUGGACCGCUACGAGUGGUUCAUGCGCGCGGACGACGACGCUUACGUGCGCGGCGAGCGCCUGGAGCAGUUCCUACGCGGCCUCAACAGCAGCGAGCCGCACUACCUGGGCCAGACGGGGCUGGGCACGGCCGAGGAGCUGGGCAAGUUGGCGCUCGAGCCCGGGGAGAACUUCUGCAUGGGCGGGCCGGGAAUGGUUUUCAGCCGCGAGGCGCUGCGGCGCGUGGGGCCGCACGUGGGCCAGUGCCUCCGCGAGCUGCACACCUCGCACGAGGACGUGGAGAUCGGCCGCUGCGUGCGCAGGUUCGCGGGCACGCAGUGCGUGUGGUCGUACGAGAUGCAGCAGCUGUUCUACGAGAACUACGAGCACCACCACAAGGGCUACAUCCACGACCUGCACAAGAGCAAGAUGCGCGCCGCCAUCACGCUGCACCCCAACAAGCAGCCCGCCUACCAGCACCGGCUGCACUCGCAGCUGCUGGCGCUGCGCAUCUCCGAGCUGCGCCAGCGCACGCUGCAGCUGCACCGUGACGCGGCGCUGGCCGCGAAGCUGGCGGCGGGCGAGGCCGCCGCCGCCGCCGCCGCCGCUGGCGGCGGCGCCGCCAGCGGCGCCGGCGGCGCGGCGGAGCGGCCGCGGCGCGAGGACCGGCGGCUGGGCGCGCCGCCCACGUUCUUGCGGUUCACGCCGCCGUCGCGAGACCAGGUGCUCGAGUGGGACUUCUUGACGGGCCGCCUGCAGUACAGCGCGGCGGACGGCGCUCCGCCGCGCCGCUCCCUCGGCAUGGCCAUGAGGCUGGCGCUCGACGACAUCAUCAUGAGGGUGAUGGAGAUGAUCAACGCCAACUCGCACGCGCGCGGGCGCGUCAUCGACUACAAGGAGCUGCAGUACGGCUACUCCCGCGUCAACCCCGUGUCCGGCGCCGAGUACGUGCUCGAUCUGCUGCUGCUCUACAAGAAGUACGCCGGCAAGAAGAUGACGGUGCCCGUGCGGCGCCACGCCUACCUCCAGCAGAGCUUCGUACGCGCCGAGUCCCACGAGGCCGAGGAGAUCCGCGACCCCGAGGCGCUCGCGCUCAGCAUCGACCGCUCAGCCGCCGCCAAUAGCAAAGGCGGCUCCUUGAUCCGGGGUUCCCUCUCCAUCUUUUCCAAGCCGCUCAAGAUGUUCGUGCCGUUUCGGUUAUUCGACCGGGGCGGCGGGAACGGGGGCGGCGGUAACGGGGGCGAUGGCGGCGACGGCGGAGACGGAGAGGCCGCCGGGCCGCGGCAGGCCGAGGGCAAAGUUCACGUGCUGGUGCCGCUCAUGGGACGCCUCGGCAUCUUCAAGCGCUUCAUGGACAGCUUCGAGCACACGUGCCUGCGCUCGGGGCAGAACGUCAAGCUGCUCGUGCUCCUCUUCGACGAACAGCCGCGCACGGGGCCCUCGCCGGCCGCGGCGGCGGCGGCCGAGGCGGCGUCCGGGGCGGCGGCCAGCUCGGCCGGCACGUCCGAGCGCCACCGGGACGUCCUGCGCCGGUACCAGCGGCGCCACCCGCGGGCGGAGUUGGAGAUCCGGCGCAUGCCGGGCCCCUUCUCGCGCGGCGUGGCGCUCGAGGAGGGCGCGUCGCUCUUCUCCAACGACACGCUGCUGCUCUUCUGCGACGUCGACCUCGUGUUCACGGCCGACUUCCUGCACCGCUGCCGCGCUAACACCGUGCAGGGCGCGUCGGCCUAUUUCCCCAUCGUGUACAGCGAGUACAACCCGCGCUUUGCCCGCGGCGAGCCCGGCGACGAGCCACCAGCUGCGGCGGAGGGAGACCCGUCGGGCCACUUCGCUCUGAGCCGCAGGGGCGGUUUCUGGCGCGAGUACGGCUACGGCAUCACGUGCAUCUACCGCGGCGACCUGGCGGCGGCGGGCGGCUUCGACACGUCGAUCCGCGGCUGGGGCCUGGAAGACGUGGACCUGUUCUCACGCGUGCUGCACGCGAGGCUGGCCCCGUUCCGCAGCCAGGAGCCCGGCGUGGUGCACGUGCACCACCCGGUGGCGUGCGACCCCGCGCUGCCGCCGCACCAGCUGCGCAUGUGCCUGGGCUCGCGGGCCUCCGCCUACGCGGACGGGCGCCAGCUCGCCGAGCUGUGGCUGCGGCGGAGGCCCGGCGUGGCACGAGCAACGGCCGGCGCUGGGGAGGUGCUCCGGAACCGGACAGACGUGUCGUAGCGGAGAGUCGAUCCGGACGAGGGGACGCCGUCGGGGUUUAUCCGACUAAGGGGGGGGGCGGGGGGCGGCUGGCCUCACCCCCCCUCCCCCUUGCCGAACGAAACGAAUCCAGGAGCUCAAAAAUAGAAGCUCCGCUCGCUGCACUCUGACCUCCGCGGAGGAGCCGCCGCGGGGACUAAACGAUCGAGGGGGAGAACCGAGCGGGAACUGCACACAAGGUCCAGCAUCCAGUUAAAAAGGCUUACCUCAUUCCGUAAUUUUAUUGACGUUUUAGUAGUUCUAUGGUAAGUCAGAAACUCUUGUUGUGCUUAGGUUUUGUUCUUUUUGCCUCCAUCCUCAGACGUCUGUGAAUAAAAGUGUCUUGGGGGGGGACGGAGCCUCCAUAAGUUAACAGUGCGUUACGAAACCACUUAUAAAGCAAUGGUUUUUAGAAGGAAGGAAAAUAAUUGCGAAUUAUUUUUUGGAGUUUGCCUCUCCGACUCGAGCUCCCGCCACAAGCGAGCGACACCGUGGCUGCGCACCGCUGCCUCGGGGUCAUUGUUUUGGGUCGAAUGGGGGGAAAAGGAGGGAUGGGGGGGCAGAGGGCUCGUGGCACUACAGCGAAGACUCGGGAUGUAACGACUCAACGCAAACUCAAUGAUUAUUCGAUUCACGAAUUUGUCUUUCGUUUCUCUCCCCCUUGUGAUGCUUCUGGUAUCCACAACGGGACGAAGCCAAGUCGCCAGCGGUCGUGUGACACGGCACAUGAGUUGGGAGCGAUCGACACGAACGCCCGCGAUUAAGCGCAUCUAUAUUUAUCGAGCUUAAAAAAACUAAUUGACUUUCUAAUGGCCGACGAAUGGAGCCGAGCCUUUGAAUCGUUACAAGCCCCGCGAACACGGUACGGAAUUUAAACAGCAGGCUCUGUUAUACUGCUACGGGCAGCAGCAAUAAUUGUGAUAAUGUGAGAGUAAUAAUUGUGAUAUUCCACACGCAUUCUCAACACAAACUAAACAAACGAGGGGCGGGGGGUGGGCAGGGAUGGUGUGGAGCGGGGGGGGGUCAUUCUGUUGCCAAAUCUAAGUCACACCCAAUGGGCCUUCCUAAUCAAAGUAUUUAUUAAACAAGGCAAAACUGUUGGGCUGGUUUUCACAUCUGGCGGUGGCCUCUGUCACCACCGAUGAGACCGGGUUGUCUCCGGAUGCUACAACUGAGAGCCGCUGGGCCCAGAUGUGGACUAAAGCGCAGGGCGAGCGGUGGCGGAGAACCAAUCGAUUGUUUUGCAACAAAACGUAUGAUCUCGCAGAGCAUGAAAGGCCUUUCUAAGGCCGCAAGCGCCAGGCAGUCCGGCUUGCUGGGGGAGGGGGGGGGGCAGAGAGCGAGCUGGCGGCGCCGUGAAAUAUCGCAUCACAGAAACUGUGUAACGAACUCUCCGGCGCACUGAGAAUUGACGCUGAAUGACCCAGUUGACGUUUGUCACGGAGUCACAAUGUCAUUUAGCCACACACACGCGUGCGUGUGUACUUUAGUACACGGCUGGCACACACACACACACCUACUUGCAACCACCAAGCCGGUCAGUGGGGGUUGGUAGAGUGGUAGGGGGGUGUCUAGGACCGGUUAAGUUGUCACUUAGCCGUGACCACGAAUUGAACUCUGGCCACCGGGUUCGCGGCUCGGUGCGCUAACCGCCGCUCCGAGGCCGCGAGCCGCGUGGGGCAGGCGGCUCGCGCUCACGAGGGCGCGAUGCGCCCGUCCGGCCCCACGUCGCGGCGAUCGCUCCGCCGCUCGGUUCGGAACGGAGGCGCUGCCCAAGGGCGCAGGUGGCGGACAACGCGACACGGCCCGCGAGGCGCUUUGCCGAUGCCUUAUUAGACGGGGUGUACUCGUGCGUCAUUUAUGUCUUCGACACGGAAUCGUCCGAGAUGUUGUUUUACGCCCCGAGCGGAACGCGCUGUGCACGUUCUCGCCCCCAUCACCACCACCACCGCGCCACUGCAGGCCGACACCGCGCCCCUCCCCACCUCGCUCAUUCCCGAGAGGUGCGGACGAAACGGAGCUUCUGGAAGUUCCACCAGAGACGUGGAGAAGAAGCCGCGGUAGUUCGAUUCCUCUUUAGCGUGGCUUCGGGUCGGAGCGCGCGCACGCGCGCUCUGGGGCGACGUCCGACGUUUCGUUCCACACGUGGCGGCAGCUUCGUUCGGUUUCCCGAAGAAUCUCGCAGCGCGUAGAGCGGACGUCGGGAUGCGACCCCCCCCCCCCCCCCCCCCCCCCCACAGAGAGCCGUCGCCACCAGCACGCACGCGGUCGAAGUUUUUAGAUUUUGUUCAACACAAAAUAAAUCCGCCCGUGAUCACCGGAGGGGCGACUGCUCCGUGGUGGGGGGCUACGGCGACGGCGCUCGCCUUCAAAAGGUCGCGCGGUGAGCGGGGGGGGGGGGUCGGGGGGGGCGACCUCUGUGGGUCGGGCGUCGAGGGUCGGUCCUGGGUUUACAGAGCAAGGUGCAUUUUCUGCCAGGCACGGCGCGAUCGACGAGUUGACCGCGCCGCGGGAGUGGGGACGUUUUACUGUAUUUAAGCAAAGGCAGAAAAAGAAAA